UCCCAGAGUUCGUCUCAACACAGUCGCCUCUCAAGCACUACACGAUGAUGUCCAAGACGAUUAUCGCCACCUUAGCCGUGGUCCUUUUGGGGAUAGUAGCAGCUGAUCCUGUUGCUGAACCGGAAGCCAAAGCUGAUCCUGGAUUCCACGGCGGAUUCCACAGAGGCUUCGGAGGAAUUGGCGGAUUUGGUGGCCAUUUCGGUGGGCAUGGAUUCGGAUACGGAGGCUACCGUGGAAAGAGGAGCCCAGUAGCUGAACCCGAACCUGAAGCUGAGCCUGGAUUCGCUCAUGGAGGAUUCCAUAGAGGCUUUGGAGGAUUUGGAGGACUUGGAGGAUUCGGUGGAUUUGGAGGCCACGGAUUCGGAUAUGGUGGCUACCGUGGAAAGAGGAGCCCAGUAGCUGAACCCGAACCUGAAGCUGAGCCUGGAUUCGCUCAUGGAGGAUUCCAUAGAGGCUUUGGAGGAUUUGGAGGACUUGGAGGAUUCGGUGGAUUUGGAGGCCACGGAUUCGGAUAUGGUGGCUACCGUGGAAAGAGAAGCCCAGUAGCUGAGCCUGAAGCUGAGCCUGGAUUCGGUCAUGGCGGAUUCCAUGGAGGUUUUGGAGGAUUUGGAAGAGGAUUUGGUGGAUUCGGCCAUUUUGGAGGAGGCAGAUAUUAUGGUUAAGACCAAAAUGCAAAACUAAUUCAAAUUUUAGUACGAAUCUAAAUAAAGAAAACUACUCUAA